AUUUGUUAAGGUAUAAAAAAAAAGAUGCUUUAAAGUUAUAAGCCGAACAAGUGUUUUUAAGAAGUUUAAUUUCAAUAAAUAACGUACCCACACAUAAUACACCUAAGUAACCCAAUCUCACAGUAAAAUAAUAAAAUCGUUAUUUUAGGUAAAUUUAGAUCUUAAAAAGACAAUCAAAAAUAUGUGUUAAGUACAAACAAUAAACAAUAGUGAUGGAGUAGUGAUGUGAAUGUGUCGAUAAAUUCGGACGAUAAGACUUGAUUGACGAUGAUGCUGUAUAUCACCAAGGCAGAGGAGGUCCCCGUCAAACGGCCGCCGAGGAGGAGGCAUAUUAGUGCCAACAUUAAGCGGCACCAUGCAGGCAUAUCGCAGUCGUCUUGCAGCGACGGGUCCCUGCUCAGCGUCGGCUCCUCGGAGAUGGACGAGGACAGCAGCAGCGGCCACCACCACUCCCACGAACACUCCAGAAGCGACCAGUUUGACUUCUACAACUCGUCUGAGCCGCCAACAGGCGUGGCGCCACUGUCGCACUCGGCCGCCAAACACAAGAUGGCGGUGCGGCCGCGACGCACACAUGGCGCGCCGCGGAGAAAGAAAACCAACCCAAUUGCCGCAUCUGCCUUGCCCAUAACGCCCGAAUUGAACGAAGAAAUGAUACGAAGCACUACUCCUGAAGUCAGACACAAGAGCACAGAAGUGGUUACUGAAUCAUUCUCUUCAUCGACCACUACGAAGCAUCAUAUGAUCGUGAAGGAACAGCAACAUCAUGUGAACAGAGAACUGCAGAGAGUUCUGGAGACUCCGAGUGAUACUAAACUCAAAUCUUCCUCCUUGCCGCCAGGCCUGGCUCUCAGCCAUCUCGUCGGUCAAUCUCCCGCUAAACUCAGCAUAGCAGAGUCUAACACUCCUCGUUCAUCAAUCAAGAGGAGCCAGUCCAGCUCCCAAGGGCAGGCCCUUCGAGAGAGCUCCUCAAGAACACACGAAGAGACAAUACAAACAUAUCAUUCCGAAGAGAGAAUGACAAAGUAUCGCUCUGAGAAAAAAGCCGAAGAAUCUUGCCUCGAGAAGAAAUCUAAGUCAGAUAAGAAGACAGAGAACGAAGCGAUCAAAUCUUCGAAGAAAGAAGAAUCCUUCUUUAGUCGACUGUUACUAAGAAAGAGCGGGAAGAAAUCAAAGAAAGACCAGACAGACGGAGAUGGUCAGCAAGAAACGAAAAAAUCUAAAACUGAAAAGUCAACCGCACAGUAUAAACCUGUUGAUACUGAAAGAAGUUUUCAUGACGGACAAGGGUACAAGCCCGUACCUGCUGAGAGAACCCACAAGUCUGCUGGACAGAAGGCAUUCGCGAACCAAAUGCAUAAGCGUAUUGACAACAAAGGUGCUUACGUACAAGACAGCGCCUACAAAGAUGUGUACAGCGCUGUCAAGGUUCCCGGCGUCGAAUAUAAUAUUACUGAUCUCAAAAUCGCCGAAGAAACCGACAAAAUGUUGAACCAAGAAAUGAAAAAUCGUUUCAGUAGACGCGAGGAGUACUGCGAGAAAAUAGAGAGGAGUAAACGGACCUCUUCAAAAGAGAUUAUUGACGAUAAGAGGGAGUCAUUUAACCUGCAACUUGACAAAAGCAAAAGACCUACCUCAGUCCAACGAAUAGUUGACCCGUUUUCCUCAAAAGCAUUUAUUAGUAACGAGCUGUUGAACAGAGCUCAGGAAGAGUCACCGGCGAUCUCAGAUGACGAGCCUCCGAUAAGGGCGAUGCGCAUCAAAAACGUUCACAAUGAUUUCAAUAUAUUCAACAGUGGCAGUAUGCCCAAAAAUAUACCCUACUUCAACCCAAGCAUGCUGGCUUCAACCUCCCCUCCCAAAGGGUACAGGCAUCAGAGUUCCGACAAUAUAAAACACAGGUCGUCUGAGCACGUUUCCGAUUUUAGUGAGAAAUUGAUCGAAUGCAAACGUGAAUCAGUACGCCAUGUCUCUAAAACUGAGGAGGCGUUCGUCACCUCAGCGAUGAGGUCAUUGGGAGACGAAUAUGUUGAGACUCGCAGCAGUAUUGGAAAGUCCCACAGCUUCCGCUACGCAUCAGAGUCAACAUCCAUUAGUUCUCAAGAGAACCAGAUGCCCAGUCUCCCCGCUAUUGUCGGUAUCUCUGAACCAUUGUUAGAAAGUUGGGAAGUCAACUACAGGAGGAACCUGAGCGAACGAAACGACUUCUCCAAGAGGAUUUCAGCCAGAAACUACAAUAUUAUGCACGGCAGUGCUGAAGCCAACUAUGAUAGUUUGCCAAGCACUGAUAGUAGCUAUUUGGAUAGCCUCAAAACAGAUGCUAACGAAGACAGGAAACUCUUCACCAAUAGCAUUCAAAUCACAAUGGAAAAUAAACGUGACAGCGAUAUCUCACAAAUAGAGGCUAAGAUUGAUGAUAUUAUUAGCUCACCUAAGCCUAUUAUUGCCCCAAUACUCAAGUCUAGUUCUUUAGAUAGCAUUAAGAGUAGCCCAGAGAAGCCCAUGGAUGACAGACGAAAGACCAUUUCUGUAGAAAGCGCUUUAAGCGGCAAAAGAGAAUUGAAACCUGAAACGGAAAGUUUCAUAUCAGUGACGCAUAUUAACAAGGAACAAAGUCCAGUUAAAACGGUGGAAACAAAAAAUAAAAGUGAUGAGAAAUUGCAGAAGUCAAGCUCAAAGCCAGGAGUUCCGGAAUUUCUCAACAUUCAAUUGAACAAAGUUGAUGUUAAGCCGAGUACAAACAUCGUUCUGACAGCCAACGUAACGCCAAAGAAACUUGAUAGUCCGCAAAUAGAGAAAGAACAAGACGUGGAGAGUUUUCAGGCUACGGAGACUAAGACGCAAAGUAUCCAUGUGAGGCGAGAAUCUAUCAAGAGCAACAAAUACGUUGAAAAUGUAAUUGAAAAUACCUUUUUGGAUGACCACUCUCCACUUAGUGGGAGGAAAUCAACCAUACCCGUUGUUACACCACAGAGCCCUUCUACACCUAAAGCAUUCUUCAAAAGAAAAGCAGCAAGCGUUGAACUGCAGGACAGGCCAGAGAAACCAAGAACUAACUCUAUGAGCACUGACGGUAGCACGGAGAGAAUCUACGAUAACAUCUCCAUUGAUCAGAAAUCACAUUCUAGUUUUGGAAGCAAGAGUUCUAUUCAGAGUACGGACAGCAAUGACAUCAAAACCCCUGACAGGCAAGAAGAAGCUGUCGUGUAUCGUAAGAAACCAGGAAUACUGUCCAAAGAACUCCGCGGCGAGAGACGGAAUGAUGAUGAACCAGAGUUGAUGAAAGUGUUCGCGCGCAGGUCUCUGAAGCUUAAAGACUCAGAGGCUGACAGCAUUGCGCAGGAAAUAGCCGCUAACGUAAAACAAGAAGACGGUGACGUUCCACCAACAAGGAGCAAAGUACUCAAAAAUGAAUUCAACGCUUCUAUUAAAUCUAGGGACAGUGAUAAAGAAAACGAAGACGUAAUUAAAGAGGAGGAAAAGAGAUUGGUAGAUAUCGCCGCUCGUGUCAGUCAGUUUGGAGCCCCGCACUAUCAGAGAAGUGUCAGCAUCAACAGUGUCUCCAACCCCAAGAGAGACAGCGCUCCGGUCUACAGGAGCGAAGUCAACAAAUACAAGAAAGAGGUCUCAGACUCCACUCCUGAGAAGAGACUCCGAAACAGGACCUUCCCUGACCCUUCGAACGACAGAGAGGACAUUAAAAACAUAGCUAAAAGCGAAGCAAUGGCUUACAAAGCUGAUACACUUACAAAGAGGCCGUGGCAGAAGACUGACGAUAAACUAAGAUUGUCGGUCGAAAAGGACAAGAAAGAAAGUGCUGUGAUAGACAAGGAUGGGGAUAUGGAAAAGGAAGAGGGAGGGAGAGAGAAAGAGCCAUCAGGGGAAGCUGAUGCUUCGCCACAAUUCAAAGGGAUUCUGCAGAUGCGGGCAGAGUGGGAGAGGCGAGCGAAACAGGGCAUGACCAAAUAAUAUGGUGCUAGGUACAAGGAGAUCGGGGAGUUUGCUGUAAGAAAUCGCGUUACACAUAGUAUAUAAUAUUAUAAAUAAAUAGUUAUAUGAAAAUAGAUUUAGAACAUUCUAAUCGGCUAAUAUCGAAUGUUAUCGAGAUGUAUGAAUUAAAUAGUUUACGCGAUGUUAAGCCAAUGUAUUUUUGUGCGUUAUUGCAAUAAUAUAGCGAAUAGUUUCUAUUUUAUUAAACAAAACACUAUUAAUGUAUUGAACCUGUCACUAUUUGUGUAUGGAUGACGUGAAAUACAAAUUUUAUUCAUAUAGUU